AUGUAUCAAUCUCAAGAAUAAAUGAGUGAUGAAGAAGAUUAUGAAACUUAAUAAUAUUUAAUUAGACAAAAACAAAGUAAAAAAUUAUUUUAUAAUUCAAGUUGCUGAAUUAUAAUUGAAGUAUUAAUCUAAAAGAUAGGAGUUAGAUAAAUAUUUAAAGACAGAAGAAUCAAUGAUAUCUCCUCAAAUAUUUAAUUAUGAAACAAAUUACUCUACUAAUUAAACUUUAAAAAAUCAAAUAUCUACAGAAUCUAAUUCUAAUUAAGAAAAUGGAUAAAUACAAUAAAAUCAAUUUUUAACAAAUUUUUCAUCUACUAAUAAAAAAUCUCUUAUAACUCCUAUUUCUGAUAGAAAAUCAGAAAUUUAAACUUACUCGAAUUUUAAUACAAAUAAAACAUCUAAAUCUCCUAUUUAAAAAGUUAUGCUUUAAAAUAAUAAAAAAAUAUAAAUAAAAAAAGUUAAUCAUGAAGCAUAAACACAAUUAACAGUUUCAUGCAAAAUUCCAACAAAUACAAAAUUUAUUAUUUAAUUACAAUAAAUAAUGGACUCAAAUUUAAACAAAUCAACUCAAACAACUUAAAUUUUAAAAUAAAAAAAUAUACCAUAAAAUUUAAAGACAAAAUAAUAAGAAACAAACUAAAUAAAUAAGUAUACUUAAAGAUUUAAGACAGAAUAUAAUUGUGUAAAAGAGUAAAAUGAAAUUUAAAAGACUCAGGAAAAUAUAAAAAAGACACCAAUAAAUAAAAAGCAGUUUGAUUAAUGGUAUAAAUCAUAAUAAAAUUGGUAUAAAUAUUUAAUGAAUUUAGGGUUAAUAAAACAGAGAUGAAAGUUUUUAAAUAAAGAAUGGAAAAAGAGUAAAUGAAUUAGGAAUUAGAUUUUUAAUAAAAGAGUUUCAGUCCUAGAAUUUUAAAACAUUCUCAAGAUAUAGUAAAUCAAAAAUUUUUUGGUUGUUAAUUUAUGGAUAGAUAGUAAUAAUAUUAGAAUUAUUUAUAAAUGAAAUAAUAAAAUAGAGAAUAAGAAGAAAUUCUAGAAAGAUAAUCUCAGAAAUUUCAAAUGAGUCCAAUAUCUAAAUUAAUAGUUAGAAGUGUAACUCCAAAAUCAUAUAGAGAUUAUUCUAAAAACCACACUGCAAAUACAUCAUGGUUUGGAAAUCCUAAUACAUAAUAUUAUUAAUGA